CGCGCCGCCGUGUCGGGAGCCGUCAGGAUGGGCGUCGGACCGCGCUUUCCGCCCUGCGCGCUGCUGGCUUUGGCGCUGCCGUUCGCACUGUCCGCAGAGCUGCUGCUGCCGCACGGCGCCGAUCGCGGGGAUGCGGCGCUGGAGCCCGGCGACGACGCGCGCUCGGCGGCGCUGGAGCUGGGCACGGCGCUGCGCUUCUACGGCGCCGCCGUUCGCUCCCUCUACGUUGCCACAAAUGGGAUUAUUGCAGUGAAUGAACCUAAGAAUGAAGAAAAAUAUCUUGGCCAAUUCCCAGUCAGUUUUGGAGCUAUUGCUCCUUUUAUGGCUGAUCUGGAUACAACAGAUGGACGUGGAAAUGUUUACUACAGAGAAGAUUCCUCCUCAGAUGUCUUACAGCUCGCAUCAGACUAUAUCAAAGGGGGGUUUCCCGAGGCUGCUUUUGAUCCCAGCAGUGUUGUUAUUGUUACCUGGAAGCUCGUGGCUCCAUACCAGGGAUCUGGAGAAGAUCUUUCUUUGGAAGAAAAGAGGAACACAUUCCAGGCUGUUCUAGCCUCUUCUGACUCCAGUUCCUAUGCUAUUUUCCUUUACCCAGAAGAUGGUUUGCAGUUCUAUAGUGCAUACUCAAAGAAUGAUGAUGGAAAGGUUCCUGCAAUGGUUGGCUUUAGUCAGGCCUCCACAAACUACUACUUUUGGGAAAAUCCGGGAUCCUACAAUGUCAUUGCUAAUGAUGAAGACAGCAUUAGAAACUUGCACAAAAGCAGCAAUGCUGGGAGACAAGGUGUCUGGGUGUUCGAGAUUGGUAGCUCAUCUGACACUAUUGUGCCUGCCAAGGUCAGCAGUGUUCUGACAAGCCUAGAGCCCAGUGAAGAAGACCAGGAGUUGACUUCAAAACCAUUCAUGUCAGACUAUGGCUCCACUGAAAUAAGACCGCAGUACGUCACCAGUAGCACGGACAGUACAGAAGAGGACCAGCAUGUUACAUACAGUGUUCCUCAGUUAGCUGUGGAAGACUUUAUAACUUCAUACCAAGAUGUAACAGGAACACCUUCGACUGAAUCUUUUUAUCGUCAUCGAGAAUUCCCAACAGCAAAAGCUCCACCUCGCCAGUUCCCAGCCCAGCAGUUCCCCCCACAGGGACCCCAGGUCAUAGAUGUGGAAGAAUUUGAUGAAACUGGUAUAGUGUUCCGCUACCACACAGACGUCCAACAGACCUGUGCUAACAAUCGCCACCAGUGUUCUGUUCAUGCUAUUUGCAAAGAUUACCCCAACGGAUUUUGUUGCAGUUGUAUUGCUGGAUACAAAGGAAAUGGCAGACAAUGUGUAGCAGAAGGUUCUCCUCAGAGAGUCAAUGGGAAAGUCAAGGGACGAAUCUUUGUAGGAAAUAACCCGGUUCCAGUUACAUUUGAGAACACCGAUCUCCACUCGUAUGUUGUGAUGAACCAUGGACGUGCCUAUACAGCUAUCAGCACAAUCCCAGAAGCUUUGGGUUAUUCUUUACUGCCUCUUGCCUCUAUUGGAGGUGUAAUAGGGUGGAUGUUUGCUGUGGAGCAGCAAGGAUAUAAAAAUGGAUUCAGCAUUACCGGUGGAGAGUUUACACGGCAAACUGAAGUCACUUUUCUUGGCAACAAUGAGAAGCUGAUUAUAAAACAGAAAUUCAGUGGAAUUGAUGAGCAUGGUCACCUUACCAUCAGCACAGAAAUGGAAGGCAGAGUUCCUGAGGUCCCUUCUGGUGCAUCAGUCCAUAUUGAACCUUACACUGAACUCUAUCACGCCUCUAGUUCUGUGAUCACUUCAUCAUCCACCAGAGAGUACACAGUGACAGAGCCUGAAAGGGAUGGGGUUGCUUCCACGUACACUGGUGCCUAUCAGUGGCGACAGACCAUCUCCUUUGAUGAAUGCAUUCAUGAUGACACUCUCCAUGCUGCUCCUGCUACUCAGCAGCUCUCAGUGGACAGUAUAUUUGUUCUGUAUAACAGAGACGAGCAAAUUCUGCGUUAUGCUAUGAGCAAUUCCAUCGGCCCCAUCAGCGAUGGUUCUGCUGAUAUUAGCCGGAAUCCUUGCUACACUGGUACCCAUAACUGUGACACCAAUGCAGUAUGUCGUGCAGGAACUGGGAAUCGUUUCUCCUGUGAAUGUUCGAUUGGGUUCCGUGGAGAUGGAAACGUUUGUUAUGAUAUUGAUGAGUGUUCAGAGCAACCAGGUGUAUGUGGCAGCAACGCAGUUUGCAAUAACCAGCCGGGAACGUACCGAUGUGAGUGUGUUGAUGGAUACCAGUUUGCAGCAGAUGGGCGGACUUGUGUUGCUGUUGAAUACGCCGUAAACCACUGCCAGGCAGGCACCCAUGGCUGCGACAUCCCCCAGCGUGCUCAGUGCGUGUACACUGGUGGGUCUGCCUACAUCUGCACAUGCCUCCCUGGCUUCUCUGGAGAUGGGCGUGCCUGUGAGGAUAUAGAUGAAUGUCAGCAGGGCCGCUGUCAUCCAGAUGCUUUCUGCUACAACACACCUGGAUCCUUCAGCUGCCAGUGUAAGGCAGGUUAUCGUGGGGAUGGUUUCCAGUGUGUGUUAGGAGGAGUGGUAAAGACCAAAUGUCAGCACGAGAAAGAAGUAGCUCUUGGAAGUGGAGGCACUUUCUUCCAAAGAGAAAUAAGAGUUGGUCAGUUCAUUCCCCAGUGUGAUGAACAUGGGAAUUACGUACCCACUCAGUGCCAUGGCAGCACUGGAUAUUGUUGGUGUGUGGAUAGAGAUGGAAAUGAGAUUGAUGGCACCAGAAGUGGCCCGGGAGUUCGACCACCAUGUCUGAGCACAGCUGCUCCUCCUGUUGGUAUUGGGCCCUCUGUUCGACCAGACACAAUACCACUGCCUCCAGGAACACAUUUGCUUUUUGCCCAAAGUGGGAAAAUUGAACACGUUCCAUUGGAGGGAAACAACAUGAAGAAAAAUGGUGCAAAAGCGCUCUUGCAUAUUCCAGACAAAGUUAUUAUUGGAGUUGCUUAUGACUGCAUGGACAAGAUGGUUUACUGGACAGACAUCAGCGGUCCAUCAAUCAGUAGAGCUAGCCUGCAUGGUGGGGAGCCAACGACCAUCAUCAGAACAGACCUGGGAAGCCCUGAAGGGAUAGCUCUAGAUCAUCUAGGUCGCAACAUCUUCUGGACUGACUCUCAACUUGAUAGAAUAGAAGUGGCUAGACUGGAUGGGCGUCAGCGUCGCAUCCUUUUUGACACUGGCCUGGUGAACCCCCGUGCAAUUGUUGUGGACCCUGUGAGAGGAAACCUGUACUGGACUGACUGGAACAGAGAAGCUCCUAAAAUUGAAACUUCAUACAUGGAUGGCACAAACAGAAGAAUUCUUGUGAAGGAUGAUCUGGGAUUGCCAAAUGGGCUGACAUUUGAUCCUUAUUCCUCGAUGUUAUGUUGGGUAGAUGCAGGUACCAAGAGAUUGGAAUGCAUGAACCCUAAUCAGCUUGGUCGACGAAAGAUUGUUGAAGGAAUUCAGUAUCCUUUUGGUGUUACAAGCUAUGGGAAGAAUUUGUACUACACAGACUGGAGAAGGGAUGCUGUUGUAGCUGUGGAUCGCAUGGUUUCAGUAGAAAAUGAUAACUUCCAACCUCACAAGCGCUCCCGUCUCUAUGGAAUCACUACAGCUUUUGCUCAGUGCCCAGGAGGACAUAACUACUGUACAGUGAAUAAUGGUGGUUGUACUCACCUCUGCUUGGCUACCCCAGAAGGCCGCUCUUGCCGCUGCCCUGACAACACAGUUGGAGUGGAUUGUAUAGAAAGAAACUGAGUAUUAAAACAAGCUUUCAAGCAGCAGGCACCUUCUGGGAAUGUGCCAUAAACAAUUCAGAUCUAUCAACACAAUCAGGCCCUAGAGAUAAGUGCUGCAUGCUGUUGACUGCAAGCGAUAAUGUGCAUAUGCAGACACACAGGCAAUGACUGUUUUGUAGCAGUUAGGCAAGACAGAGCCAUCCAGGUUAGGUCCAAUUGCAUCUUAAUCCUUGUA